AACAAGAACGGUUUGACACACAGUAGACUAAAGUUUUCUGAGGGAAGUGAGGCAAAAUGCCACUAGGGCGGACGAGAAACGCAGGCAAAUCCCAAAUGAAGGAGCAGCUGAGCAGAGAGAUGCGAAACAGCAGACUGACUCUUUUCAUUCAGCAGUUUGAGAAAGAAGCACAGGAGCGUAUGAACGAGCUGGAGAGCAGAAUGGAGAACACGUUGGCAACGGUGGACAAAGUGUUCAAAGUGGAGCUUAUGAAGAUUGCUCCCUCGCUCCAGAGCACGCGCAUAGCGGAUUUAAUAAGCGAGGAGGAAAUCUCAGCCAGUGAUGUGUCUAUUGCCAUGAGGAAUGAAUCUCUGGAGAUGCAGCAGCCCCUCAGAGGUCGCAGUAAAAGAGUGAAAUCAACUGAUUCUGCACCCGGUCAGUCCACCCCAGCCAAAAAGUCCUUAACCAAGACCUCCAAAGGAGGAAAAGGAACCAAAAGGACCAAAACAUUAGUUGGUAGCAACAGCACUGGAAAUGUCAGAGGUUUAUCAGUCACCCCCAAAAGAGCUCAAAGCUUCUUGACCAAGACCAACGAAACUGUGCCAGCCAAACCUAAACUCAGGUCGGUGGUCUCUGCUGGUGAUAUGCACUGUUCACUGGCAGGAUCUGCUGCACACAUCACUGUAACCACAGCACGGGGACAGGCUGUCUGCUUUUCUGAAGAGACCAAGGAUGAAAUUAACUUUGACUUGCUGGAUGAUGUGGCAUGGUGUCAGAUUCAGAAGCUCUCGAGACUGAUGGAAUAUCUGUCGGGACGAAACCGCUGCCAACGAUGAGCAACGAUGCCC